AUGGAAAAUCAUUUCUUCAAUAUGAAAUCGAAUAGACGUUUUGAUAGGCAAGCAAUUCAAGAGUUCAUGGUGAUGUACAAAGACUACAUAGAGCUUUGCAAUGACAUAUUCAAUCCUAAAGCAAAAUUAUCGAAAGAUGACGUUAAAAUGCUUUUCGAAAGGAUCAAGACAACUUUAAUAGCAAAAUACGAUAUAUCACCUUCAGUAAUACUUAUGGUUCUCCGCAUGAGAUAUAAAGACCCAUAUUAUAAUAAUGAUUUGGCUCAUCAACUGUCUGAAAUGGUUAAAAAGGAGUAUCACAUAAAACAAAAAGGAUUUAUGGAUGAUGAUAUCACUGACGAAGAUAUACAAGAAAGGAUUCGCUCCGGGGAAAUGGAUCCUGACAUGGAAAUGUCGACGAUGGAAUAUCCAGAGAUGGGAAUGAGGCCUUCAAUGGGAAUGAUGUCACAUAUGGGAUACAUGCCAAUGGGAAGGUACAGACCAAGAGGAGAUCCAGAAGAUUUUGAUUUUCCUGAUCCAGAGAUGCUAGAAGAGAUGGAAAUGAUGGAACACAUGCAAAUGAUGGACUAUGUGGAUAUGAGGCGAAUGAGAAGCUUUUUGACGCGAGAGAAAUUCAGAAUCUUUCAUGAGAGAGAAAAGACUCCACCAGAGUCUAUGGAUACAACAAAGUUUGUAGAGCUUAUCAAGGCCGACAACAUCGAUGAAUUUCUCAUCCAACUCGAGAAAAAUCCGAAAAUCUUACAUUAUGACAGAGUUCAAUACACUCAAAUGUUCGAAAAUCUACUUCUACUUGAAUCAUGUGCAUAUAAUGGCGCAGAAAAGAUCUUUAUGUACUUAAUUUCGGAAUACCCGGUUAAAAUAACUCAUAAAUGCUUAGAUGCGGCCAUCUACUCAGGAAAUAGCCAUAUAAUCAAAGAAUGCUUCAAAAGAACAAAACCAACAAGAAUGUCAAUGAAUGUUGCGAUAAGGAUAAAGAAAAAUUAA